AUGCGCCUUUCGUCGCCCUCGGGCCGGUCCAUCCUGGAGCCGAAGCGCCCAUCCUUGAGCCCCUCGCCCUCGAUCCUGCCCUCCUCGAACUCGUCCUACAACUCCGCCACCUUGCCGGCCUCCCACAAGAUCAGGGGCCCGGCUUCCCUGCCCUCCUCGGCCGACGCCCUCCAGCUCGUCUCCUCGUCUUCCUCCUCGUGCAAGCAACCGACCAAGAGGGAGGGCUCGUCCUCGCCGAGCACACCCGGCCACACCGCUAGUCAGCCCUCCUCGUCCUCGAGCUCCUCCACCGUCUGUGACAUUUGCAGUUCCUCCGGGCACCCGUGGAUCAAGAUCUGCAAGGCCGUCAGGGCUACCAAAGGCAAAUGA